CACCCGCCAGGGCAAUAUCACGCUGACCAAAUAGACAUGGAGAUUCAUAUAAAAUGCCAACCGUCAUUGUACGAUGGAGUCUGUAGUAACGUUCAACCACUCUUCUUCUCUUGCAAUCGGGUCAAACUUGCUUUCGACCGUUUAGAACAAAAAAAGUCUAGAUCAAACCACAGCAUCCUCCUACAAUGCCUAGCAAACCUAUCAUCGUGCACACACCCGGAGCAUGGCACUCGCCAGAGCACUUCCAAGACCUCCGCGACGAACUACACACACGAGGUUGGGAGACCCACGGCGUGAGGCACCAAUCCGUCAGCUCUGAGCCGCCAACCAAGGGCUUAUACGACGACGCGGCCGCCAUCGGUGCCGUGCUGCAAGAGCUCGCCGACCAAGGUCGGCAGAUCGUCCUGGUCGCUCAUUCAUACGGCGGUCUCGCGGCAGCUGAAGGCGUCCAGGGGUCCGGGUUCAAGCAGAGGGCCGCGGAGGGCAAUCCGGGCGGCGUCAUUAUGUUUGUAUAUCUCGCUGCGUUUGUGGGGCAAAAGGGGCAAAGCAUCUUGAGCAUGACGGGCGAUGUGUAUCCCCCGUGGACGAGGGUAGAGGACGGCCGAAUCCAUAUCGUGACCGCCGAUGACCCCCUCUACGGAGACGUACCCGCCGAGGCGAGGGAAAAGGCAAAGAGCUUGUUGAAGCACCAGACGACAAUCUCGUUCGAGGAGACAAUGACGUACGAGCCCUGGUAUGACAUUCCCUGCAUGUACGUCGGCUGCGAGGACGACCAGGCGAUUCCGUACUUUGCGCAGGAGCAGAUGCAGCAGCUCCUGGGACCCGAGGCGACCAAGUUGAAGUUGAAGUCUGCGCACUCGCCGUUCCUUUCUGUUCUGUCUGAGACGGCUGAUGCUGUUGAGCUUGCUGCGGAGAAGGGGCUGGAGGCACUGUCUGCUUAAAUAAAAAAUAACGGAGGCUUUGGAUGGUCGAAUUCGCUACGGAAGGGAGUAUUUUGAGCGUAGCAUUGUAUUGCUAGCGAUUGGAGGUUUUUUUUUUUUUUUUUUUUUUUUUUU